AUGGUAAUGAAAUGGUGGAAAAUCAGAAAAACCAACCUUAGAUAUGAUACUAACAGAUUGAAUAGAGAUGAUGAAAUUAAAUCAGAAUACCAGGAAGAGAUGAGAAAAUAUGUAAGAACAAAUACAUAUGAUGAAACUAAGAGUCCACAAGAAAAUUGGAACAAUAUACAAAAAGGCAUGAAAGAAGCAGCUGAAAAGAAGGUUGGUUAUCCUAGAAAAGUAGGAAACACCUAUGAAGUAUAUGAUGGGGAUAUUCAAGAAUUAUCAAAUAGGCAGAAGAAAAUUAGAAUCGAGAUAGACAACACCAAAGAACCAGUUAAGAAAAAGGAACUGAAAGCAGAGAGAAAUAGAAUACAACAUCAAAUAAGCCAUAAAGUGCAAGAAAUCAGAGAAAAGGAAAUAGACAUGAAAAUUGAAGAUAUCGAAAAUAGCUCAGAUAUAUCAAAAAUGUUCAAAGCAGUUGGAACUCUAUAUCGUCAGAGAUAUGAAAACCCCAAAGUAGAGGGUGAUGAAGGGAGAUUAGCUACAAGCCCGAAUGAUAUACUGAAGCUAACAACAGAUUUCUUUAAAGCAAAAUUUCAAAAAGAAGAUGCUGAAGUCAUUCAACCGUUUGAAGGUGAACCAAGGCCUCUUGUAAAAGAAAAAACACCCGAAGAAAUUCAUAAGAGUUCUACAAAGUUAAACAACAACAAAGCUACUGGUGAAGAUGGGAUACCCGGGGAAUUACUGAUAUAUAGUCCAAAAGAAGUAAAAUAUUAUAUAGCACAAAUGAUAUGUUUAGAAAGCAUGAGCCAUUAA